CAAAUAAAAUCGUUUGCAAUAUUAUUUGUAAUCUUCCUAUGAUUUUUGCAUUCCUCAGAACAAUAGUAACUUAAUCGCUAUCGAAUGCUACGUAUUUUUAUGUUUACAGAAAUAUCUAAUAGUUUCGAAAAGGUUUUGGCUUCUUUUGUAAUUUGAUUAAGCAUGGCAGAAUCCUCGGAUGCUGUCCAAGAGGCUGAAGAAACAAAAAAGAAAGUAGUUCUUGAAGAGAAAAGCAAAGAAGAUCUUAUAAAAAUUGUGAAGAAACAACUCACUCUAUUACAGAAAGCUAAGGGCAAAACUGAGGAACUCAGCAGAAAAUGUGUGACAAUAGAAGAGGAGAAAAAUCAAGCUAUGGAAAAAAAGGAGUCUAUAAUAAUAGAUUUGCAGCAACAGCUGGAAACUCUUGAACUGAAAAUAUGUAAUUUAACUGAGACUAAAGAUAAAAUUUCAGAAGAGAAGAACAAUGCAAUUACUAAGUUAAAUGACAAAAUAAAAUCCUUAGAAGCUGAAAAGAAUGGCUAUUUUGCAUCACUGAGUGAAAAGGAAGAACAAAUUCAAUGUUUAUCUAUGCAAAUGGCUACUGUUAAAGAAACAUGCCACUGUCUACAAAAUGAACUUUCAAAUUUACAAAAAAUUAAUAAUGAUUUGAAGGAAGAAAUCACUACUUUACUGGAAGCAAGAAAUACAGCUGUGGAAUCGCUUAAAGCAAAAAAUAUGGCACUUGAUUUUAAAACCAGAGAAUGGUCUGAAUUAACUGAUGAAAAUAAUGAAUUGAAAGAGAAAUAUGGUAUUUGCAUUGAAGAAAAUUGUUUAUUGACAUCAAAAAUACAAAAUUUGGAAACUGAAAUAAAGAAUUUACGACAAACAAAUGCUGAACUUCUUUCUAAAACAGAAAAUAUUGAGGUUAAUGACUUCUCUAUUCUCAUUAAUGACAAUCAAAAAUUACAAGAAGAAGUUAAUCAUUUGAGAGAUAAAUGUAAUAAUUUAAAAGAAUCUUGUAGUCCCAUUGAAAGCAAAAUAACUUCUAGCAAUGAGUUGCAAGAACAGAAAAUUUCCGAAAUAAGAAAAGAGAAUUUUGAGCUUCAGCAACAUUUGUGUAAUAUUGAAAGCAUGAAUUCUAAAUUAAAACAGAAACAAAAUUCUUUAGAAGAAGAGAUUCAAAAUCUUUCAGAAAAAGUUCAACUUUUGGAAGCUGACAAACAGAAGCAAUCUUUUGAAUUGGAAUCUAUUUUAAAAGAGAAAAUAGAAUUAAAAGAAGAAAUUGGGAGAUUGAUGUCCUCUCUACAGGAAUUUACAGAAUUUAAAACUGGCUAUGAGUAUGCUCUUUUACAUGGAGCUGCUGCUGAAAGUUUCACAGAAUUAUCUGCUGUUGAAAAUACACAAAAUGUUGAUUCCAAAGAAAUAGUAAAUUCUAUACCGGAACUUGCUAAAAAUAUAUCAAGUGACAAAACCGAUACAUUCUCUGGGAGAGCUAUUGAGUUUGAUGAAGCUGAAUCUGAGAGUGGAUUUGAAUUCGGUAUUCUUAGUGGGGGCGAUAUAAAUGAAAUAUAUAAAAAUACUGAGGCAGAAUCUCCUAAUAGAGUAAUGCCUUCAUAUUCAGAUGAUCAUUUAGUGAGUGAUAUAUAUGUGAUAGAUGAAAAAUCUGUAAUUAAUGAAGAUCAAAUACCUGGGAAAGCAGAAUUGGUGAGCCUAUAUGAACAAUUAAAACUAGAAAAAGAUCAUCUUAAAGAAGAAAUAAAAAAUUUAAAAGCACGAAUUGCUGAAUAUUCUAGUGCUUUAGAAGAAACACUUUCAGAUAACGAAUCUUUAAAACUAUCUUUGGAGAAGUGCCAAAAGGAGCAUUCUUCAGCAAGUUUAAAAGAAGCAACACAUUUUACUGAAGAAACCUCGGAAAUGACGGAAAAAUUGCCUCCAUCAGGAAAAGAAUUUGAAGCAAUUGUAUGUAAUCUAGAAAAUCAAAUUUUAAGUUUGAACAAAAGAAUUGAAUUUUUGGAAACAGAAAAAUCAGAAUAUUGUGAAAGAAAUAGCAGUUUGAUGAAUGAAUUAGAAUCAUCAAAUACCACGAUUGAAAGUUUCGGAAAAAUGUUGCGGGAUUUAGAAAUUCAGAAUAAGAAUAUUAUUCUUCAUUCUGACACACUUGAGAAACAAAAUUUUGAAGUAAGUGAAAAAUUGAGGAAAAAAUGUGAAGAGUUAGAUGAAUUCAAUUCUCAACUUGAGUUACUAAUAACCAAAAUUAAGGAAGUUCUUCACCAUAAGUGCAGCAUAAAUUCACCAUCAAGAAGGAAAGCCGAAAAGCAGAAACUUGAAAAUAUAUAUUUAAUUAAAAUACUUCUGGAAGAUCUGAUAAAAGCUAAUGACAAUAAUUCUCUAAAAAUCAAAAAUCUUGAAGAUACUUUAAAUGAUAUUUUAAUCAAGAAACAUGCUGUUGAGGAAGAAUUACUUCAGAUAAAGGAACUGAAUCAAUUUUUAGAAGAUGAAGCUAGGGAAUUGCGUAAUGAAGUGGAACAAAUGAAGAUUGAUCGCAAUUCAUUACUUGAACCAAUAGAUGAUAAUUACUGUAGAGAUCAAUGUUUAAGAAGUCCUAAUGAGUUAUAUAGUAUUGAGGAAAUAGAUGAUGAUCUUCUAGUUGAUCCCGUUUCUCCAGAAACAUCAGAGUCAACUGUUCAACAACAUUGUACUGAUACAGAACUUACGAUGCAGAAUGUAAAACUGAAUUCAGAAAAUUCUACAGGUACUUAUACUAAAAUAGAUAUUUCUGUUCAAGUUAAUAUUCUUGAUGACAAGAAUAUUGAUAAUACAUUGCUUUCUAAAAAUGAAGAAUUAGAUGAUAAAUUUAGCUCUGAGGUUUCUCAAAAAUUAAAAAGCGCUUGUAGUUGCAAGUCAAUUAUUGAACAAAUGGAAAUAGAAAAUUCCUCAUUGAAAGAUUCAUUGAACGCUAAAUCUGCCUUAGUUGAAAGAAUCCAUUCUGAGUUAGAUGCUCAGUUAGGAAAAGUUGAAGAAUUAACUGAAGAAUCAGAAAUGAAAGACAAAGACAUAAUACAUUAUCAGACCUUAUCAAAAAUGCUACAAGAGGAAUUGAAUGAGUUAAAAAAGGUUUUCAUCACCACAUCAAGUUUUAUGAAACACAUGAAAAAUGCUUUAAAUGAAUUGCAGAAUGAUAACACUAAAUUAAAAUAUGACAUUUCUUCUCUUAACACUUCUUCUGAUGACACUGUGUCUACUAUCAGAAAUUAUUUAAGUACUACAGUUUAUGAAUAUGAAAAACAAAUGAAAGGUUUUUCUGAUAAAUGUACUCACAUGAAUGAAGUUUUUCAUUACUUAAUGUUGCAACUUGAUAAAAUUUCCGAAGAUUUUGGUCUGUGGUUAAAUAUUUUAAUCAGUGCUAAUAAUAUGGGAGAAAAUAUUAUUUCUUUCCCCCCUCCAGAUGUGGAUAUAAAUUUGCUGAAACGAACUUACCAAAAUUUAGAUGUGAAUGACUUAUUUAAAGAUAAGUGUAAUAGUGAUUGUUGUUCAGUUAUCAAUAAUUUUAAGAAAUUUGAAGUAGUCAAGCAGGAAUUGUUAAGUAUAAUGCACAAUAAUUUCUUUAUGUCAUAUCAGUCAAUACUAAACGAACUAAAUGAAUACAAAAAUUCUAUUGUACCUAAUUUAGAAUCAACAGCUAAAAAUUUAGAAGAUAAAUUAAAAGCAAGUAAAAAAGAUGUAAAAGAAGAAGUGUUACUUGAACAAAAAGUAGAGAAAGAGGAUGAAGAAUCAUCAGUUGAAGAUUUAAAAAAGCAAUUAGCUGAUACGGAAAUUAAGAUGACCAAAUGUAAGCAAAUAGCAUUGAAAUUAAAAAAGGAUUUGCAAGAGUCUAAGAAGCAGAUUAAUGAAAUGAAACUUGAAAAAGAAAAAUAUGUUGCUGAAUUAGCUGAAACUCAAAAAGAACUGCAAAAAAUGUCAUCUGAGCAAUUUCACUAUGUUCAAAACUAUCAGAGUUUGCAAAAUGAAUAUGAUAAAACACAAGAUGAAUUAGAAAUUCAAAAAGAAAAUGCCAAAAAGCUAGAGAUAGAUUUAUCAUCUACUUUACUAGAACUCAAUUCUUUGAAGGAAAAAGUAGCGGAUAUGGAUUCUCAGUUAUUGAAAGCAAACCAUAAUCUUGAAAUUGUUGAAUCAACCAAACAGGAAAAGGAAAAAUUAAUUGCUGAAUUAGAGAGUAAACUCAUAAUACUUGAAAGUAAGAAACAAGAGGAAAUUCAUAAAAUUGAAGAACUUGAAGUUGGUCUCAAAGUUAAAAUAGAACAAAUAAAUAAUUUGGUUGAAGAAAAUAAUAAUUUAAAAGCCCAGUUGCAAUCAUCUCAAAAGGAUGAAAAUAAGAAGAAUCUUCUACAUCUAGAAAUGGCUGAUUAUGAAAGAAGUAUUUUAGAGUUGAAUAAUAAAAUUGAAAAGAAAGAUGAUGAAAUUUCUGAUUUAAAACAGAAACUGAGCUGUGAAAUAGAAAAAAGGCAUGGACUUUUGGAAGAAAUAGAAUCUACUGAAAAAUUGAAAGAAACUGAACAAAAAAGAGCUGACAGUUUAAAGGAGGUGUUAGAUAAAACUAAAUCAGAAUUGGCAGUAACUAAAGAAAGAGAAACUGAACUAUUGACCAAAGUUUCACAUCUGCAAAUGCAAUUAGAAAUUGUAAUUCAACAAGAAGAACAUUGCAAAUUACAACUAUCAGAAACUUCAGCUGAAAUACAGCAUUUGAAAGAAAUGCUAAAGACAUCCUCUGAAAAUCAUCAGAGAAUUAUUCAUACCCUUGAAAGCAAAAUCUCUGCUCAAAAACAAGAGAUUCUUUGUGCCCACAAAGAAGUGGAAAGCAUAAAGCAAGAAUUUGAGAAUUAUAAAAUAAGAGUUCAUAGUGUGUUGAAACAACAAAAAUCUACUGCGCCAAUAAUUCCCAUUGAAGAAAAUGAUAAAGAAAAACUUGAAUCGAUGGUUGAUAAACUGAAAAUGCAAGUGAAACAGCUAAGUGAAAAAUUGGCAGCAGUAUCAAUGGAAUAUGAAGCGUUGCAGGAAGAGCAUGACUCACUAUUGCAAAAAUACAACAAAGCUAUUGAAGAAAGAGAAAAAAAGGACUCUGAAUGGCAUACAAAGUUAGAACAGUUGAAUGCUGAGAAAAAUAAACUUCGGGCUGCCCAAGAAGAAUUAUCUUCACAACAUUUAUUACAAAAUGAGAUGUUAGUUUCAACAUAUAAAAAACAAAUAAGGAUUAUGAGUGAUGAACAUAAAAGGACUGUUAAUGAGCUACAAAAACAGCUUGAAUCGGCUGAUUUAGAAAUAGCACGUUUGCAGAGGGAUCAGCAGAAGUUCCAUGGUCUACCAUUAACUCCUAUUGUGCAAGACAAUCCAGUUUCAUUUGAUAUUCUUUCACAAGAGAGACAGGAAGGAGAGGGUUCAGAAAGUAUCGAUGGUACAGACACCCCCAUACGUCAUUUGUCUCUAGCAACUAUACCAACAUCAGGUUUUCUUCCCUUUGAGAAAUUGUUGCAAUCUCCACAUGAUGAACUCAGCACUUCAGCCAGCUUUAUCAGCAAUCAAGAUAGUGAAAAAUUGUUAACUGAUUUAAAUGCAGCAAAUAAGAAGAUUGAACACUUAAGUGAAGUUUUAAAUGAAAGUGAAAGUACAAAUCUUCGAUUAAGUGAACAAGUCCGUGUACUGAAAGAAGAAGUCCGCAGGCUUGAAAGAAAUAAAGAGCGUGAACAGCAUGCAGAAAAUUUGGAAUAUUUAAAAAAUGUUUUCAUAAAAUUUGCAACACUUAGUCCCUGCAGUGAAAAGGCCAUGUUGAUUCCUGUAUUAACAACGAUGCUAAAACUAAGUCCUGCAGAACAGCAGCAAUUGAAAAGCAUAUCUGGAGAUAUUGAUAGCAACGAACCGUCUGGUUCCGGAUGGGGCAGCUAUCUUCAUAGAUGGUCUGGCUUAGCAUAGAACUGCACUAUUGAAGAAGAGCACAAUCAUUAUGAGGGCAUUUCAUAUCUUUAUUUCUGUUGUGUUUUAUUGGCCUUUAUCACACUUUUAACAGAUCAUUAACAAAAAUAAUUUUAAGCCUUAAAAAUGGUUCCAUUGUGAUUUUUGUAAAUGCUUAAAAUAUGUUUAUGUAUUGGUAUUAUAUGUAAAAUUCUAAAAUGUGUUAGAUAUGUUUGAAUGAUUGGCAAAUUUUGUAUUUUUUUUCUGUUUGUUUUACAAAGUUGCUGACUGAUGAAAAAAUAGCUUUAAAUGAAUAGCACUUGAUAAUUUUUCUUUAUUUAAUAAAAAGAAAGAAGAUACCAUAUAUAUUGAUAACUUAAAAUUAUGAGAUAUUGUUAGCUAAGUUCUUUUUUUUAAUUGAUAAAUACCUCUUCAAUAUAUGUUUAUUUUUAUACUUUCAUAGUAAGACAACAAUUAGAGAAAAUUCCAUAGAUCAAUAUUUAAGCUAUUUAUUUUCUCACGUAGUUAUAAAUCGAUUUUUUAAAAAUAGUUUUUUUCAAUAUACAGCAAAAAAUUAUGAAUUCUAACAUACCAUAAUCAAUGAAAGACCAUUAUCUAAUUGUAGUUUAAUAUUUCAGCAGUCACUAUAUGCUUUGUCUUAGUAAAGGAUUAGGUAAUGUUUUUUAAUAUUCUUUCAUAAAAUAAUGUCUCUUUUCCAUACUGUUAUUUAGGUUGUUGUUUUUUUAAUUUAUGUUGCUUAUUUUAAUUAGGAAGCAUAUAUUUUUAUUUUAUAUCAACAAAUUUUAUAAAUAAUUAACUUAUGACUAUUGCAUUAAUUCAUAAUUCUGUAUUUAUACUUUUCGAUUUUCUAAUCACACUAAAUAAAUGCCUGUUUGUUGCAUUAUAAUUCCAAUGUUGUAUUAUAUAACUGAUUUUUAUGGAUUGAAAAAUAUUGUUAUCUAUUUAUCAAUACAUGAACUUUAGAAUUUUAGCUAUGAUUUUCAGAAUUGAAAACAAAUGUCUAUAGAUGUAUGUGUGUGUAUUUACAAAAUCCAUUGUAACUAGUUAUUCUGCAUACGAGUCAUUAGUUAAAAUAACAGUAUUAAUAACAAUUGUUAUAAUUUUAUUGGUCUUAAGCUAGUCACAGUAUAUGCUAAGGCACCCCCAUCCCUUCUUUUCCCAGAUAUUUAUUAACAACUUGAAUGAAAGCUUAGUGGAGAUUUUUCCUUUGCCCUUUUAGUAUGAAACUGCUCAACUGAAAAUAUAUAAAAGCUUGAAGAUAUUUGUAAUUAAUAAUAAAAUUCUCAAAAUUUCAAAGAUAUUUUUUUCAAUUAUAGUCUACAUUUUAAACUUUAAACGAAUUUUGUAACUUGUUAAAAAAAAAUUUCUUCAAAAAAGUAUUUUAUGAAUUUUUCUAUCUGAAUAAUCAUUAGUUUAUUGAAUUAAAGUUUAAAAAUGCUUUUCUUUUCUUUUCUUUUUUUUUUUUCCUCCAGGUAUCAAUUAUCACUUAUUUUAUUCCUAAAAUUUUCCUUUUCUACUUUUCUCUACCUUGAAUUAUAUUUUCAAAUUAUUUAUAAGGAAAAGAAAAGUUUUCUAUUUUGCUUUAUAUUGUAGAUAAUGGUGCUUAAUGUUUUAUGUGUGGGGUUGAUGUAAUACGUUAAUUUAAUGUAAAUUGAAAUUUUAUUCUUUUGGUUAUUGUAUAUCGAAUAUUGCUGUAGAGUUUUAUGUAAAAUAAGAAAAGAAGGAAUAACUGGCUAAUUUAUUUUGAUAUCUUGAAGUAUCAUUGAUUGGCUAUUUUAAUGAUGUUUUGUCUUGGUUGAAGUAUGUGUUUUAAUUAUUUAAAAUGUUGAAGAACUUUUGAUAUUGAUGGCAAAGUAUGCUAAUAAUCUUUCUAUAUUAUCUACAACAUUGUGGUGUUUGUGCAUAACAAAUAGGGUUUAAAAUGAUCUAACAUUCCAGGGUUUUCCCCCCUAUUUUUUCUAAGAUUAUAAAGAACUUUAUUUUUUUUAAUCUGUGUUACUUUUUUGUUUUAUUUUUAUUUUAUUUUAGAAUUUUUUUAAAAAAAUAGGAAAUUAAUACAGAAGAAUAUUAACUGCUCAAUGUUAAUUUUAUAAAUUGGUUAUUAAAUUAUAAGAAACAUUUAUUAUAUUAUUAUUAAUUAUAAAUGCUUAAGGAAAACAGAAUUUGAGAUAUUAUAUCAAAUUUUUAAAUCAAUUAAUUAUGAAUUUUAUCAAUAUUGUAUUAUUAUGUAGUUACACUUGUAAAAUCAACUGGUUUAAUUUUUUU